ACAAAAUAUAAAUUGUUACUUCAUUUUUCUAUUUUUUAUAAAAAAGAGACUGAAGAAAAAAAUAAAUUCUUUUAUAAAAAACAAACAUGUCCAAAGAUGAAGAAAUACGCAAUAUCCAUGCGAGACGUAAGAAUUUAUUAUAUCUAGUGCAACGUUAUUUAAAUGAUAAUGGUUUUUAUGGCACGGCGGCAGCCUUAAAAAACGAGGCCAAAUUGAGCGAUGAAUAUGAAUUGUGCGACAAUAUAGACUUGGAUGGCAUUUAUUUGGAAUAUGCCAGUUAUUAUCAAUUGAAAUUUGGCAAAUAUCCAAGAAUAUUGAAAAAACAACAACAGCAACAACAGCCCCUAAAGUUGGAACUGGCAGUCAAAAGGAAGAAAACCAAACAACAGCAGCAGACAGCAACGGAAGUGGAGACGACGUCACAAAAUGUUAAGGCGGCUACCAACGCUGGCACAACAUUUGAUGUUAAUGACCUGCAAGUAACGGUUAAGAAAAUGGCUACACAAUUGAGAAAUGAACCACAAAUACAACAACAACAGCAAGAAUACCAUGCAAAAGAAAAAGAACAACUUAGCGAAACGGAUACACAAUCUUUGACCCGUUUACAGGAAAUACAACAUGGCUGUCCUUCAGCUAAUAGUGAUUUAUUGUUAAGUUGCCAAGAAUGGCAAAAUCUAGCUGAACUUGUUAAAUCCACUAUUAUAAAUGAUGAUUUAAAAUUAAAAUGGUCGGAUAUUUGUGGCAACAAUAAGGCAGUGGAAGUGAUAAAGGAGGCGGUGUUAAUGCCUCUCAAUUAUCCUCAACUCUUUAAUAACGGUUUAAAACCUUGGCGUUCGGUUUUAUUGCAUGGUCCCCCCGGUAGUGGCAAAACUUUGCUGGCAAAGGUAUUGUACUCGGAAACGAAACAAAAAGUUACCUUCUUUAAUAUAACCUCCAGUAUAGUGGUGUCCAAAUGGCGUGGUGAGUCGGAGAAAUUGUUAAAAGUAUUAUUCCAUGUGGCCUUGAAACAGGCUCCUUCUAUAAUAUUCCUGGAUGAAAUUGAGGGUCUUACUUCCAAACGUGAUCGUUGUGCUGAUCAUGAGUCUUCUAAACGUUUCAAAAAUGAAUUGCUGCAACUAAUGGAUGGUUUGGAACAAUCCACUAUGGGCUUGUUUAUCUUGGCUAGCACCAAUUUGCCCUGGGAAAUUGAUCAAGCUUUUUUGCGAAGAUUUGAAAAGAAAGUUCUAGUGCAACUGCCCAAUGAGGUGGAAAGGGCGAUGUUGAUUGGUAAACUAUUGCCUUUGAAUGUUAAACUUACGGAACAGCAAAUGUCUACGUUGGUGACAAUGUCAGAAGGAUUUACUGGGGAUGAAAUACGUUUGGCUUGCAAAGAAAUUGCCAUGCAAACGGUUAGGAAAAUAACUAAAGUUAAGUUAAAGGGGGAGAAAGCUGUUGAAGAAAUACCCGUCGAAAAUGCUUUUAAACAGGUGAAGCCUUUGAGUUUGGACUUGAUGGAGAGACAUGUGAAGUGGCAAAAGGAAAAUGGUUCGUAGUAAUGGC